CCUCCCCGCUCGGACGAACGGUCAGGACCGGCGCCAUUUUGUGGAAGCCCCGUGAGGUGAUUCGGAGGGGGGGCGGGGAGACAGCGAGAGAGAAAUCGAUUAGAACCGAGAGGGGAGGGGGCAAAAAUGAAGAUCUUCGUGGGGAACAUACCGAGCGACGGCACGGUGGACGAGCUGCGGACCCUGUUCGAGUACUACGGCACGGUGCGGGAGUGCGACAUCAUCCGGCAUUACGGCUUCGUGCAUAUGGAGAGCGCCGAGGAGGCGAACCAGGCCAUUGCCGCACUCAACCAGUACGAGCUGCACGGCCAGAAGCUCAACGUGGCCGAGUCGCGGCCCCGGCCCGCCGCGGUCACCAAGGUCUACGUCGGCAACCUGGCGCCUGGCUGCAGCAACCAGGAGCUGCGGGCCAAAUUCGAGGAGUACGGCCGGGUGCUGGAGUGCGACAUCGUCAAAGAUUACGCCUUUGUGCACAUGGAGAAGGAGGAAGACGCCGUCCAAGCGAUUACCAACCUGGACGAGAAGGAAUUCAACGGGAACAAGCUCAGGGUGCAGCUCUCCCGUUCGACCUACGGGAAAUCUGGUGGGCAACGGGAUGUCUGCCAGCGCUGCGGAAGGCAGGGGCACCAGGCACGAGAUUGCCACUCGGCGCGCUAUAAUCAGUACAGCCAGUACCAGUUCCAAUCCCAAUAUUACCCCUCUUACUAUUCGUAUUACGACUACGACUAUGGCCACGGCUCCUAUUACGACUAUUACGAAGAUUACCAGGCCGCGGGCGCUGCCGCAAGUUACACGCCGCUCGAUUACGUGAGGGAGAGGAGCCCAAACCGCCUAAGCACAUCUGCGGCGACGGCCAACAGCUGCACCCUGUACGAACGCACCCGUCUGUCGCCACUCACUGUGCCAAAAUAUCAGAACGAGAAAUUCAUAGACGAUAGCAUCAGUAGGUAUGAUCAGUUUGACUACGAUAAUACCACCGACACCCGCUAUGCCCAAUGAACCGACGAUUUCCUCCUCUUCCUCUUCCUCCUCCGCCGCCGUCGCCGCUCUCCGACCAGAAGUUUGCUCUCUCCAGACGAAUACACGACCCCACGAUCGCGGCACGACAGCGCCUUGGCAUUUAAAACAAAAUUUACAUCUCUCUCUCUAUCUCAAAAAAAAAAUAGAUAUAAUCACUGCAGCCCAGCCUUGUGAGCCAUAGGUUCUGUAAACACUCUUAACGCUCUCUUUCUCACUGAUGAUUGUGAUCAGAUGCUACUCGCUAGGGUAUUUUUUUUUUGUUUCCUUCCCCUCCCCCACCCCGCCCCUUAAAGAAUACAACAAACCUCCCUUCGUACAGGUCCUGCUAAUACCCUCACUGAACACUGGUGCUUUCCUACAUGUGAAGGUUACCUUCCUGAACACUGAUGCUCCCCCCACCCCCUCCCCCCGGCCCGCCGCUGCCUUUUAAAGGGGCGGGGAGCCUGUUUUGCCAUUUUCGCCUUGCCGUCCCUCGGGGGAGUGAUGGUUGUUGCAUCCGCUCCUGUGAACCACGGGCAUCCCUUGUGUCUUGAGUGCGGGCUGCUCCUCUGGGGGCAGCCCGCCGUGUGUGUGUGUGUGUGUGUGUGUGUGUAUGUGUGUGUGUGUGUGUGUGUAGGGGCCCGGUUUCCUGCUCCUGGUUCACACGGGGUACAGAGCUCAAGGCGUGGGGGCAUCGGGUACUGGCGUGUGUGUGCCCGAGGUAUAAAUUACAGUGGCUAGAUGUGUCCAAGGCACGCGGGGAUUGUGCUGUGAAGCUGAACUGGCUCCUCCCCCCUUUUAAAUCAUCCUCGCCCUUAACUGUACCACCAUCACGAAUAAUCAAACACAUGAUUAAAAGCUGCAUUUUCACCACCCUGCCUCAGACAGGUGCUGCUUUCGUACACCUUGCCAAUGCUGCUUGGAUUCCAGCUUUUGAGGGACGCACAGGAACGGGUAAAUCUGCCUUCGGUGGCUGGGCUUGCUUUUAUUUUAGUCCUUCAUCUUCCUGCAGCCUGGGGUCCACUCAACAGGCAGGGUGACACAGUGCCAGAGUGCGUAACCCGUCCGUUACUAGCCAAGUUUAGAGAUAACAGGCUGACUUCCCUGAGAAACAGGCUCAUUUUCUUACCCCCCCCGCCCCCCCCAACCCUAUUUUUAUUUACCGCUAAAAGUGACGUACCUGCCAUCGGUGCCAUCGUGUUGGCAUGAAGAGGUAGAGGGGGUGGGAAAACUGCCUGGCUUCUGGGUAUAUUUCUGUGGUGGGCUUUUGGACUUGCUGCGAGAGGGCGGAGUGUACCUUUUAUUGGGGAUGGAGUGUGCAUGUGUGUGUAUCUGUGGAUAUGUAUGUGUUUCACACGAGUGCCAUGGCAAAACGGCUAACAAAGCUGUGCUGGGUACUUUUUACCUGGCGGGUAGGAUGCACUAUUUGUGUGCGUUUGCAGUGGCUGGUAUUUUCGUAGAGGGAGUCGUGUCUUGCAAACAUGUGGCUCCCCUGGUGGGCUAGCUUGUAAGUGUACCGUGCAGUGUGCUGCUGAUCCAAAUGGUGGUGUGGGGGUGGGGAGGGGUGGCACAGUUGACUGCAGCUCCUCCUGGGGAGGGUCGAGGUCCCACAAAGCUCUCAUGCCCGCUGGCUAGCUGGUGAUUCCUGAAGCAUUUUGUGGGGGGGAUUGAGGACAAGAUUCAGUCGCGACGCCUCCUGUAGUCGAACAUUGAAUAUACCCUGCGCAAUAAGAAUGACCCACAAGGGCACAGUGCUGGCGGGGAGCUGCCAUCUGCAAGAAUGUACCCAGCGAGGGUUGGCACCUUCAGUGAGGGUGGGUGGUGAAAGGGAAAGUGCAAAGUGGGGUUUUCUUUGGGCUGUUGGGUGGGGCAGGGGGCAGAUAGAAGAGGAAUGGAAUUGACUGGGGCGCGGGAGUGGUGGGUGGUGAAUUUACACCCCCUUGACUGGUGUUACACAAAAGAAAAAUGAGGCUCAUUUAAUUUUCUUUCACUAUGACAAAUAAUUUAGUUUAUGUAAUAAUUGCCUACACUAGAGAACCAGUGUCUGAAAUUAGAGUUGGCAGUGGGUGGGGAGGGUUGUUUGUAAUCUAACGUGUAGCAAGAUUCAAUAAACCUAAUCUGAAAUAC